AUGCCUGGAUUAGCUAUGGAUGAAGUGAAUGGGAACGGUGUGGUAGAUGAGCACAGUGGAGAGUAUACACCUCACAAGGAGGGGUAUAAUCAGCAAGGCUCUCCUAGGAGUCCAUUGAAUCCUCAAAGUCCUCAUAGUGACUCCACUGGUAUGCCUAUGGAUGGCCCGAUUGACACAUCAAUUGAGCAGCUGUAUCACAAUGUAUGUGAAAUGCAGAGCUCUGAUCAGUCUCCAUCCAGGGCUAGUUUUGGAUCAUUUGGCGCUGAGUCGAGGAUUGAUUCAGAAUUGAAUCAUCUUGUUGGGUAUGUUCGUGCAGAUGUGGAGGUAAGGAAAGAGGUUGUUAUGGAAACCAAAGAGAGUACCUUUACUCCUGAAAAGGAAAAUGUGUCUGUGGAGACAAGGGUGAAGGCUCAGUCUCCUAAGAUGAGUCCUAAGAGCAAGUCUCCCAAUCAGAGGCCUCCACUUGACAAGAAGACUCCAAGAAAUGCAAGUUCAGUGAUGUCGAAGAACAAGCUGAGAAGUUUAGCUUUACGAGGAAUGAAGCUUCAGAAUGGAGUUGAGGAUCCCUCUGUGGAGGGAUUGGAUAACUCUGACCUUGGACCCUUCUUGCUUAAGCAAGCAAGGGAUAUGAUUUCUGCUGGUGAAAGUCCCCACAAGGCACUUGAGUUAGCUCGUCGGGCAGUGAAAUCGUUUGAGAAAUGUACAACCGAGAAACCCAGUUUAGAGUUGGUCAUGUGUUUGCAUGUUUUGGCAUCAAUCUAUUGCAGCUUAGGACAGUACAAUGAGGCAAUUCCAGUUCUUGAGCACGCUAUUGACAUUCCAGCUAUAGAGGAUGGCAAUGACCACGCACUAGCCAAGUUUGCAGGGUGCAUGCAAUUGGGUGAUAUUUAUGCAAUGACUGGUCAGAUUGAGAAUUCGAUACUGUUCUACACUGCAGGUAUGGAGAUACAAAGGCAAGUCUUGGGAGAAACAGACCCUCGAUUUGGUGAGACAUGUCGAUAUGUAGCUGAGGCACAUGUCCAAGCAUUGCAGUUUGAUGAGGCUGAGAAGCUGUGUCUAAUGGCCCUUGAAAUCCACAGGGAGAAUGGUACUCCUGCUUCACUUGAGGAGGCGGCAGAUAGAAGACUUAUGGGACUUAUCUGUGACUCAAAGGGAGAUUAUGAAGCUGCUCUUGAGCAUUAUGUUUUAGCUGGCAUGUCCAUGUCUGCCAAUGACCACGAAACAGAUGCAGCUUCAAUUGAUUGCAGCAUUGGAGAUGCUUAUCUGUCCUUGGCUCGGUAUGAUGAGGCAGUCUUUGCUUUCCAGAAAGCACUGACAGUAUUCAAGAGCACUAAAGGAGAAACACAUCCAGCAGUAGCAUCUGUUUAUGUCCGGUUAGCUGAUCUUUACAACAAGAUAGGGAAGUUUAAGGAGUCCAAGUCGUACUGUGAAAAUGCACACAAAAUCUAUGGGAAGCCAAAUCCUGGAAUCCCCGCAGAAGAGAUUGCUAGCGGUCUUAUUGAUGUUUCUGCUAUCUAUCAGUCUAUGAGUGAUUUGGAGCAGGCCCUCAAGUUACUCAAGAAGGCUUUGAAGAUGUUUGGUGAUUCCCCAGGUCAACAAAGUACAAUUGCAGGAAUUGAGGCUCAGAUGGGGGUCAUGUACUAUAUGAUGGGAAAUUAUUCAGACUCAUACAACACCUUCAAGAGUUCCACAACCAAGUUCAGGGCCAGUGGAGAAAAGAAAUCAGCCUUGUUUGGGAUUGCUCUAAACCAAAUGGGUCUAGCCUGUGUGCAGCGCUAUUCAAUAAACGAGGCUGCAGACCUGUUUGAAGAAGCCAGGAACAUUUUAGAAAAGGAAUAUGGGCCAUACCACCCUGAUACAUUGGGCGUGUAUAGUAAUUUGGCUGGCACAUAUGAUGCAAUGGGCAGGGUGGAUGAUGCCAUUGAAAUUUUGGAAUAUGUUGUUGGGAUGAGAGAAGAGAAGCUUGGAACGGCAAAUCCUGAUGUGACCGAUGAGAAGCAGAGGUUGGCUGUGUUGUUGAAAGAAGCAGGCAGGGUGAGGAGCAGGAAAACCAGAUCACUAGAGACACUCCUCGACACUGCCAACCCCCAGAUUACAAGAAGCAGUGACAUUAUUGAGGUACUGUGAUGCAAUAUAUGUGUAUAGGCUUCAUAUGUAAAGCAUGUCUUAGUAGAAUAUUAGUUGGUUUGUGUUUGUUAGGUUGUCAUUGUGAUUCUUUGGUAAAAAAAUAAGCAUAUAACAAGAAGAACAUCAUGAAGCUAGAGGAUUCUGGUAUG